CUCCCAUCUCCCCAUCUCCCUAUCUCCCCAAUCACUAGACGAUGAUACCGCCGCGCCCCAUUGUUCCGCACCGCGCCGUCCCGACAGUCUAGCGCGGCUAAAGCGGACCCCUAGUGUGAUCCCUGUCGAUGCGAUGCAGCUUCCACAUGGACAACGACGCCGAAACAGCCGCUGUCAAUCUCCGUCGCGUGCUAGGCGACGAGGAAGCCGACCGCUGGGUGAGUAGGCAUUGGGGGAUAGUCAAUGUAUGGCGACCUGUUGGAGAUGUGGUGCGACAGUGGCCGCUUGCCCUCGUCGACUCGCGCACUAUCCAGUACGGCCGCGAUACCGUGCCGAUCUACACCCUCAACAAUUACAAGACGCACUUCACUGCCUUGCGGCCCCGCCCGCACUUCGGCUUCUACUACGUCAGUAACCUGGCCCCUGACGAGGCCUUGUUGUUUGUCGACUAUGACUCGGCGCCUAGAGACAGUGAUGGAGUUGUGGGUAUUGCGCACGGAGCGUUUGAGGACCAUAAUGCACCUGCGAAGGUACCCCGGCGCCGCUCAAUCGAGACGCGUUGCUUGGUGCUAUAUGAUUAGUAAUUGCUAGGAUUAGUCACGAAUAUAAUAGCGCUAGAAGGGCC